AUGGCCACUUACGCCCUGUCCGAUGCCCACCGGCAUCAAAUGCACGAUGGCCUCAAGGAGUCCGACCCCGAGAUUGCCGCCAUCAUGGAACUUGAGAUCAAGCGCCAGCGUGAAUCCGUCGUCCUGAUCGCCUCGGAGAACUUCACCUCCCACGCCGUCUUCGAGGCUCUGGGCACUCCCAUGUCCAACAAGUACUCCGAGGGCUACCCCGGUGCUCGCUACUACGGUGGUAACCAGCACAUCGAUGCCCUCGAGAUCACCUGCCAGCAGCGUGCCCUCAAGGCCUUCAACCUUGACCCCGCCAAGUGGGGGGUUAACGUCCAGUGCCUCAGCGGCAGCCCGGCCAACCUGCAGGUCUACCAGGCCCUCAUGCGCCCUCACGACCGUCUGAUGGGCUUGGAUCUCCCCCACGGUGGCCAUCUGAGCCACGGCUACCAGACACCCUCCCGCAAGAUCUCCGCCGUCUCGACCUACUUCGAGACCUUCCCUUACCGUGUCAACCUAGAGACCGGUAUCAUCGACUACGACCAGCUGGAGACCAACGCUGAGAUGUACCGCCCCAAGUGCCUGGUUGCCGGUACCUCUGCCUACUGCCGUCUGAUUGACUACAAGCGCAUGCGCCAGAUCGCGGACAAGGUCGGCGCCUACCUCAUCGUCGACAUGGCCCACAUCUCCGGCCUGAUCUCCGCUGGCGUCAUCCCCUCGCCUUUCGAGUACGCCGACGUGGUGACCACCACCACCCACAAGUCUCUCCGUGGCCCCCGUGGUGCCAUGAUCUUCUUCCGCAAGGGUGUCCGCAGCACCGACAAGACCGGCAAAGAGAUCAUGUACGACCUGGAGGGCCCCAUCAAUUUCUCCGUCUUCCCCGGCCACCAGGGUGGUCCUCACAACCACACCAUCACCGCUUUGGCCGUGGCUCUCAAGCAGGCCGACACGCCCGAGUUCCGUCAAUACCAGGAGCAGGUGAUCAAGAACGCCAAGGCUCUGGAGAUUGAGUUCAAGGCGCUCGGCCACAAGCUUGUGUCGGACGGCACGGACAGCCACAUGGUCCUGCUGGACCUGCGCCCCAAGGCCCUGGACGGGGCCCGUGUUGAGGCUGUCCUGGAGCAGAUCAAUAUCGCCUGCAACAAGAACUCCAUCCCCGGUGACAAGUCCGCUCUGACCCCCUGCGGUAUCCGCAUCGGCGCCCCCGCCAUGACCACCCGUGGUAUGGGCGAGGAGGACUUCAAGCGCAUUGCCCGCUACAUCGACCAGUCGAUCAACAUCUGCAAGGCCGUUCAGGCCGAGCUGCCCAAGGAGGCCAACCGUCUCAAGGACUUCAAGGCCAAGGUCGCCUCCGAGUCCGUGCCGGAGAUCCUGGCCCUCCGCCAGGAGAUCAUCCAGUGGGCCAGCACUUUCCCUCUGCCCGUUUAA